AUGAAGCAUAGUCAGAUACGGGUUCUGAUCGCCAAGCCGGGGCUGGACGGCCACGACCGCGGCGCCAAGGUGAUCGCCAGGGCGCUGCGCGAUGCCGGAUUCGAGGUGAUCUACACGGGCAUACGCCAGACGCCCCAGAUGAUCGCCGAGGCCGCCUUGCAGGAGGAUGUGGAUGUCGUCGGUCUGUCGAUCCUCAGCGGCGCGCAUAUGACGCUCUGCCCCAAGGUGGUCGAACUGCUCCAUGCCCAGGGUCAGGAAGAUGUGUUGGUGCUUUUGGGCGGCAUUAUUCCUGACGAGGAUGCCGCCCAACUGAAAGCCGCCGGCGUUCACGCGGUCUUUGGGCCGGGCACGUCCUCGGCCGAGAUCAUCGCUUUCAUCCGAACUGCCGUGGCCAGUGGAUAG